GGAUCUAUUGUUUAGUUUGACACCAAAGUCCAAAAUGAAAGCGUGGGGCGUAGGUCAAAAUGAACCCUAAGGGACUUUCUCGGAAAGGCCGAAAGAAAGGAGACCUAGCAAGCUAGCUCCCUCUCUUUCACGAACCGGAAUUAAUUUGUUAAUAAACGAACCCCUAAAUCGGUGGGCAAUUUCGAUCGAUGGGGACACCUGAGACUUCUAGAGAGCCGUGUCCAGACCGGAUUCUGGACGACAUCGGCGGCGCUUUUGGAAUGGGAGCUGUUGGCGGCUCGGCUUUCCACUUCCUAAAAGGCGUCCACAAUUCUCCCAGCGGUGCACGUCUUAUGGGCGGUACACAAGCCGUUCGAAUGAAUGCGCCGCGUGUCGGAGGCAGUUUUGCCGUGUGGGGAGGCCUCUUCUCCGCCUUUGACUGUUCGAUGGUUUACCUCCGCCAGAAGGAGGAUCCUUGGAACUCAAUCAUCGCCGGCGCCGCCACGGGAGGCUUUCUCUCCAUGCGGCAAGGGCUUGGCGCCUCCGCUCGGGCAGCUGUAUUUGGUGGCGUUCUUUUGGGUCUGAUAGAAGGAGCUGGGAUUAUGCUCAACAAGGUUAUGGGUGAUCAACAGAGCAUGCCUAUCAUGAUUGAUGAAGAUCCUAUCCCUGCUAUGGCUGGUGGUGGGCCAGGAGGGUUCCCCAUGGGCCAGGCCCAAGAGGGUGAGUCGGGUUCGUGGUUCGGUGGGUGGUUCGGUGGAGAGAAGAAGAAGGAAUCGACGGCGGCUAGUAGUAAGACGGAGGUUUUGGAGAGUUUUGAUGCACCACCUGUGCCAACUUUUGAGUACAAGUGAUUUUUUUCCCUCCUAAUUCCCAAUUUAUUGUUAUGUUAGUAGGUGAUGAAUUUUUUUUAUAACGUGAUGAAUGCAUUCUAUUUGCUGUUUUUA